AGGAAUCACAGCUUCUUUACUACUCUCCAUCAACCCUUUCUCUCUCACAUCUCCUUUCAUAUUUGCCGAAUAUAUAGCAUAAUUACUCCCUCUCUGUAUAAAUUAAUGAUUAUUCUACGUAGAUGUAGAUAUACGAAGCCGACAUAUUCAAGUCUUUCACGAGCGAGCUUUCAACGCGAUUUGGACUCCUCCUUUUCCCACUCCACCAUCUCUCUCUAUCAAAUUGCGUCGGUGCAGCUCUGUUCUGAAACCAGAGAGUAAUAUGAUGGGUUUUUGCGUUUAUUAGGAUCUGUGAGCUUUGCUUGAACUCUCUUCACUUACUCUCGCUAAGGUCAGGAAAUGGUUAGGCCACUACACAGAGGUUUAUCUCUGGGAGGUGGGGAACGCUACCCUGGUCAAGUUGAGAUGAAAGAUAAACCCGGGAAAGAAUAUUUAGAUCAUAGUCAAUCAGCUACUGAUCGUAGUUACCUCUCUGUGAACUUCCUUUAUCGGAUUCUUUCCCUUGAGAAGUUACCAACUAAGAACAGUAUAAGUGACAAUGGCUUUUUAUCCGAUCCCUUCAUCCCUGGAAAUGGACGAACCCGUCUUAAACUCACAUUGCUUAUGCUCAAAUUAAGCUUGUUUGCCAUAGUUGUGCUUGCUCUUGGUGUAUCCUUUUGGUGGGCAGUUUCAAUUACAAGCUCAUCAAUAGGUCGGGUAUAUCAAGGGGGGUAUCGAAGGCUUCAAGAACAAGUGGUUUUGGACUUGAAGGAUAUUGGACACUUAUCUCUUGGUUCUUCUAAACUGAAGGAGCUAGAAUAUUGUCCGGUGGAGAUUGAGAAUUAUGUUCCGUGCUUCAACGUUUCCGGAUGUCUUGAGUUAGGUUUCUCUAAUGGUGAGGAGUUUGAUCGGCAUUGUGGAGGUGGGUCCCAAGAGAGCUGUUUGGUUCUUCCACCUGUUAAUUACAAGAUUCCCUUAAGGUGGCCUACGGGAAAAGAUGUUAUUUGGCUUGCAAAUGUCAAAAUCACAGCUCAAGAGGUGCUUUCCUCCGGGAGUAUGACGAAGAGGAUGAUGAUGCUUGAGGAAGAGAAGAUCUCUUUUCGUUCGGAAUCUGCUAUGUUUGACAGUAUUGAAGACUACUCCCAUCAAAUUGCUGAAAUGAUUGGGCUACGAAAUGAAUCCAACUUCAUACAAGCUGGGGUUAGGGUUAUAUUGGAUAUAGGAUGUGGUUUUGGAAGUUUUGGAGCCCAUCUUAUCUCGAGCAAGCUAUUGACAAUGUGCGUUGCAAACUACGAGCCUUCUGGCAGUCAAGUUCAACUCACACUUGAAAGAGGCCUUCCUGCAAUGAUCGGUUCUUUCACUUCAAAUCAGUUGCCUUAUCCAUCUCUGUCUUUUGACAUGAUACACUGCGCUGAAUGUCACAUUGACUGGGAUCAGAGAGAUGGUAUACUAUUGUUGGAAGUGGACCGUAUGCUAAGACCUGGUGGAUAUUUUGUGUGGACAUCAUUUGUCAUGAAUGCCCGACGGUCCCUUAGGAACAAAGAAAACCAAAAGAAGUGGAACUCUGUUCGUGAGCUUGCAGAAAACCUCUGUUGGGAGUUACUGUCACAGCAAGAUGAGACUGUUGUUUGGAAGAAAACAAGUGAAAAGAAGUGUUAUUCUGCCAGGAAAUCCAGUUCUGCCCCUCCUCUCUGCAAUAGAGGUCAUGAUAUUGAGUCGCCCUAUUAUCGGCCACUUGGACCAUGCAUUGGCGGAACACAAAGCCCUAGAUGGAUUCCAAUCGAAAAACGGAGUAAAUGGCCUUCUAGGGCUACAUUAACUGCAAAUGAACUUAAAUUUCACGGUUUGCAGCCAGAGGACCUUGCUGAGGAUUCUAUCAAUUGGUACUCUGCAGUUAACAAUUACUGGUCAUUGCUGUCACCGCUAAUAUUCUCUGAUCAUCCGAAGAGACCCGGAGAAGAGGAUCCUUCUCCGCCUUAUAACAUGCUUAGAAAUGUGUUAGACAUGAAUGCCCGUUUUGGAGGGUUCAAUUCUGCUUUAUUGGAAACUGGAAAGUCCGUUUGGGUUAUGAAUGUUAUCCCAACUAGUGCUACCAAUCACCUUCCCCUGAUUCUGGACAGGGGGUUUCUUGGUGUUUUACAUGAUUGGUGUGAAGCGUUUCCAACAUAUCCAAGAACUUAUGAUCUUGUUCAUGCCGAUGGUCUUCUAACACUUGGGUUUGGUCAACACGGAAACAACAAAUGUGGGAUGUUGGAUCUCUUUAUCGAAAUAGAUCGUCUACUUCGGCCAGAGGGCUGGGUUAUCUUACGAGACACAAUCCCUCUUGUUGAAUUAGCAAGAGAUCACGCAGCACGGUUGAAAUGGGAUGCUCGAGUCAUUGAGAUUGAGAGAAAUAGUGAGGAAAAACUCCUUGUUUGCCAAAAACCUUUUAUAAGGAGACAGGUGAGCUAGAGUAGGAAGGGCGAGAUCACGAUUGUAGAUGAUAGUGUCCAUAUUCAUUUUAUCCCAGUUCAAGAUAAAGUUCCUCAAAAAUGGUGGAAUGUAAAGAUGUUGAGCAAGGAGAAAACAAAUACGAAGUUAUGCUUUAGGACCGACAACUACUACGUCUAUGGAGCCGCAAGGUGUUCAUAGGGCACUAGAAUUACUCUGUCACGCAUUAGCCAAUAAAGUUAUGGCUUCCAUGGUGAUGUCUGCUCGUUAUAAAGCAAGCUUAUUAUCCAAGCAUAUGUCGAUUAAAACUGUGAACAUAUUACAGAAUAAACCAGAUGCUUCUUGCCGUAAUAUAUUUUGAUUUCUUCGCCUAUCUUGGUUUUUUCGAAAGGUGGAAUUGUCUUUGGGGAAAACCAUUUAGCAGGUGAUUUCACAUUUUCA